AUGCCAGAACUUUUCGAACCGAAAGUGACCUCCACCGAAGAGCUUGCAAGCUCAAAUGCAAAGUGGAUCUCGUUGAAAAAGCUUCACUAUACAGAUCAAGAAGGCAGAUCGCGAGUUUGGGAAUGUGCCGAGCGGCGCACAAGGGGCGCCUCUGGCGUUGAUGCUGUCAGCAUCCUCGUUCUCUUGAAGUCAAAGACCAACGCGUUUCCUCUAUCUACUGUAAUCAUCGAACAGUUCAGACCGCCUGCCGGGAAGUAUGUCAUUGGACUCAUUGAUAAGGAUGAAACGCCCGAACAGGCCGCCAUACGUGAACUCGAGGAAGAGACCGGCUACAAGGCUGAUAGUAUAGCUGAGUCCUCCCCUGUGACAGUGGCAGAUCCAGGCAUGACAACAGCCAACAUGAAGCUGGUAGUGGCCAACGUGUUACUCGAUGAUAAACUCGAAACGCCUGACUCCAAGCUGGACGAUGGUGAAUUCAUCGUGAAGCGGGUUGUAGCUCUGGACCAGUUGCAUGAUGAACUUAUCAAUUCCAGAUUAUCUCAUCUAGCUUCGGGCUACAAUCUGGCCCAGAGGAUUGCAAAGGGACUAUAG